AUGGCAGCUCAGAAAGACGCCAGCUUCCUGCACCAGCUGUCUCACCAUCCUCGAUGGCAGCCGGGCCCUGAAAACAGGGAGAGGAAGAGACUCGGGAGGAAAUCAUCGCCGGCACACGACAGCUCUGUGCCUGCUGCUCCUACGCCAUCCUCCCCGGUGUUCAGGUCGAAAAAAUGGUGGGGCAACUGGCUGAUGUUGCCCCUGGUCAUGGCCACGUACCUACCCUGCGAGGCCUGGGGGACGACCUUCAAGGUGGCCAUAGUCGGACCCUGGACAUGUGACCCUAUGUUCUCCAAAGCCCUCCCUGACCUCGCGGCUCGCCUGGCCACCAGUCGCAUCAACAAAGACCCGUACAUCAGCAAAGGCUACUGGUACGACUACACGCUCAUCAACGAGGACUGCCAGUCUCCUCGCGCUCUGGCCCGCUUCGCCGAGCUGGAAGGUUACGGCUCGGCCUUCCUAGGCCCGGCCAACCCGGCCUACUGCUCCCACGCGGCGCUGUUCGCCAAGAACUGGAACAAAGGCCUCCUCUCUUGGGGCUGUCUGAAAGCCAACAUGGAGGACGGGCCGUACCCAACCUUCCUGCGACCUCUGCCGCUGUCGUCCCGUGUGCUGUUCUCCGUGCUGCGCUUCUUCCGCUGGGCCCACGUGGCUAUCGUGUCGGCCGAGGGCGACCUGUGGGAGGCCACUGGGAACGAGCUCGCCGCCUCGCUGCGCGCUCUCGGCCUGCCCGUCAACACCGUGGUAACCAUGGAGAUGGACAAGGAGGGGCCCCGGAGGGCCCUGUCCAAGGUGCGGGACGCAGAUCGCGUCAGAGUGGUCAUCAUGUGCAUGCACUCUGUCCUGAUUGGUGGAGAUGCCCAGUACCAGCUGCUAACCACCGCCAUGGAUAUGCGCAUGAUCGACCGCGGCUAUGUCUUCAUCCCCUACGACACGCUCCUGUACGCCCUGCCCUACCGCGACACAUCCUACCCCGUCCUGGCCAACGACACCAAACUGCGGCAGGCCUACGACGGCGUCCUCACCAUCACCAUGGACCAGGGAGAGCGCAACUUCUACCAGGCCUUCAGAGACGCGCAGGACUCCUAUGAGAUCCGCACCAGCACGCCCCCAGAGCAGGUGUCUCCGUUCUUUGGGACCAUCUACAACAUGCUCUACUUCCUGGCUAUGUCAGUGGAACAGGCGCGUCUCUCCGACGGUCGCUGGGUGACCGGGGACAUCCUGGUCAAGAGCGAGGGGGGCUUCGACUUCGAGGGCUUCAACCAGCCUCUGAUCUCAGGCAGCGACGGGGAGGGGAUGCAGGGUCGCUACGUGGUUCUGGACACCAAUGGGCUCACCUCCAGCCUCUACUUUACCCACGUCCUGGAGGCUUCACACACCUACGGCAAAUACGGAAACCUGAAGUAUAAAGGGCAGUCGAUCCACUUUGCCGGCAGCACGCCGUAUACUGACUCUGGGUGUUGGUUUAGCUCGUACUUUGCCUGCAGCGGAGGGACGGAUGGAGCCACUCUCUUCUUCUUGUUCAUGCUCUUCAUCAUGCUGGCCGGUGGAGGAGCAGCUGCCUUCCUUCAUUUCAGGCGAAGUGGCCGGGUGGGGUUCAGUUUUGGUGGCGGCAGCAGCGUGGGAGCAGUAAGAGGGAACUUGAAGAUCAUUCUGACUCUCGACGACCUGAUCUUCAUCAACACUCAGAUCAGCAGACAGAAGCUGAACGAGGACAGCGUGAUAAAGAGUCAGCUGGACAUGAAGGCCUCUCGCUACUCGGUGUCUGGUCGGAGUUACUUUGCCUCCACGCCCGAGAGCUCCAACAUGGCCAUCUUUGAGGGUGACUGGGUCUGGCUGAAGAGAUGCCCCAAUGGAAACACUGUGGGAUCUGUCAAUGACAAGACUCAGACUGUCUUCAACAACCUCAGGGACAUGCGUCAUGAGAACCUGAACCUGUUCCUGGGUCUGUUCCUGGACUGCAGCAUCUUUGGCAUCGUGAUGGAGCACUGCUCCCGGGGCAGCCUGGAGGACCUGCUCAACAACGAGGACAUGCGUCUGGACUGGAUGUUCAAGUCCUCCUUACUCAUGGACCUUAUUAGGGGGAUGAAGUACCUGCACUAUCGGGACGUCAUCCACGGACGCCUUAAGUCCCGUAACUGUGUGGUGGACGGCCGCUUUGUCCUGAAGGUGACGGACUAUGGCUACAACCAGGUGGUGAACAGCCAGGACAUCGGGGAGGAGGAGCAACGUCCUGAAGACCAGCUGUGGACUGCUCCAGAGAUGCUGAGAGACAGCAAGCUGAACAGGAAGGGGAGCUUCUCAGGAGAUGUUUACAGUUACGCCAUCAUCAUGCAGGAAGUCAUCUCCCGCAGUUCCCCCUUCUGUAUGCUGGACAUGCCUCCCAAGGAGAUCAUCAACAAGGUGAGGUCGCCCCCUCCCCUGUGUCGGCCCUCGGUGUCGCUGGAGCAGGCCCCGCUGGAAAUGAUCCAGAUCAUGAAGCAGUGCUGGACCGAGGAGCCUGACCGUAGGCCCACCUUCGAGGAGAUCUUCAAACAGGUAAAGAACUUGACCAAAGGGAAGAAGACCAACAUCAUCGACUCGAUGCUGCGCAUGCUGGAGCAGUACUCCACCAACCUGGAGGACCUGAUCCGGGAGAGGACAGAGGAGCUGGAGGUGGAGAGACAGAAGACCGACAACCUGCUGGCCCAGAUGCUGCCCAAGUCUGUGGCCCAGAACCUGAAGACUGGCAAGCCUGUGGAACCGGAGCAUUUUGCCGUGGUAACUCUGUACUUCAGCGACAUCAUGGGGUUUACCACCAUCUCUGCCCUCAGUGAGCCCAUCGAGGUAGUGGACCUGCUCAACGACCUCUACUCUCUCUUCGAUGCCAUCAUCGGACUGCAUGAUGUCUACAAGGUGGAGACUAUAGGAGACGCCUACAUGGUGGCCUCCGGAGUUCCCAACCGCAAUGGGAACCGCCACGCUGCAGAGAUGUGCAACAUGUCCCUGGACAUCCUGCACUGCAUAGGGGCCUUCAAGAUGAGGCACAUGCCCGACGUCAAGGUCAAGAUCCGUAUCGGCCUCCACUCUGGCCCUGUGGUAGCAGGAGUGGUGGGGUUGACCAUGCCCCGGUACUGCCUGUUUGGAGACACCGUCAACACCGCCUCUCGAAUGGAAUCCACCAGCUUGCCUUACAGGGUCCACGUCAACAGAAGCACAGUAGAUAUCCUGAAUAUCCUGAACCAGGGAUACAAGAUAGACAACAGAGGCUUGACAGAGCUGAAGGGGAAAGGGGUGGAGAACACGUUUUGGCUGGUCGGCAAGGAAGGGUUCAACAAACCCCUCCCCGUCCCGCCUGAUCUGUCCGGGUCGACCAAUUACGGCAUCUCUGUGGAGGAGAUUCCUGCCGACAGGAGACAGAAGUUCCUGGAUCGGCAGAAGAAGAUGGGCUAGAUUAUGCUACCACAUCCGUCCACCAGGGGAAGGUUGAAGUCAGCCAACUCAGAUAUGGACACUCUGGAGAGC